AUGUACUUGUCGAAUAAUUAUAUUGUCAUAAAAUUUCCCAAUUCGUAUUUUAUCGUUAAAUGCUUCCAACAUCGAAUAUGUACACUGCCCCGAGCAAAUAUUGAUGAAAACUUCAAACAAAUGUUCAAAGAAUCUGAGAAAAUGGCUAAAAUAGUUGGUAUCACUAUUUCAAUUAAGCGUUUUAGUCAGCGAAGCAAACAUCGAGAUAACCCUAGUAUGGAGAAUCUUACACCAGAAACUUAUUAUCGUGUAACUAUUGCUAUUCCAUACAUAGACUUAUUCAUUCAGCAAUUAGAAGCAAUAUUUUUAUGUCAUAAAAAUAUAUUCAAAGGCUUUCAGUGUUUAUUUUCUGGAACUUAUUCAGAAAAUUUUGAUGAACUUUAUACCAAACUCAAUAAGCAUGUAAAAUAUCCAAAAAAUUGUUUAGAAGAGUUGAGACAGUGUGAUAAAGAAAUAUUUCCCAAUAUACAUUUUCUAUUAAAAAUACUAUGCACUUUACCUGUCUCAACAUCCACCCCCGAGAGAACGUUUUCUUGUCUCAAAAGAUUGAAAUCUUAUCUACGAAACACAAUGACUGAUACUCGACUUAAUGGCUUAGCUAUGUUAGCUGUUCAUAAAGAAAUUCCACUAACAGCAGAAGAAGUUUUAAAUGAAUUGAGCAAAAAAUCAAGAAAACUAGAUUUUGUUCUUUAA